CUGAUAUAUCAGAGCCGACUCCUGAGAGCAGACGUAUCUGAAGCUGUCAGGGAGGAACCAUGGCUACCAUCUCUGAACCGGACCCUGGACUCUCUGAGGAACCUGGGGACGCGUCUUUGGACCGAAGGGAGCGCAGGAAGAGAAGAUCUGCUGGUAGAGCAAAGAAGAAGGCUAACUUCAGACGCCGUGGAAGCCGUCAGAGAGUAACAAUGGUCACCAUCUCUGAACCGGACCCUGGACUCUCUGAGGAACCUGAGGACACGUCUUUGGACCGGGAGGAGACCAGGAAGAGAAGAUUUGCUCUAUGGUUUCACAUCACUGUCAUUGUGAGCAUCGGACUGCUGAGUAUUCUCCUCAUCUCCCUGCGCUUCAACUCACCGUCACCCUGGAUAGAGGGGAGAGAGAACUUACUGGAUGAACUCGAUGAAUUGACACUUCAGGGCUGGAUGCUUCACGACAAGAGUCUCUACCGUGUUUCUACUACUAAGAAGGGCUGGAGGGCCAGUAGAGAAGACUGUCAGAAGAGAAAGGCAGACCUGGUGGUCAUCAACAGCAGAGAAGAACUGGUGUGUGUGUGUGCGUUUGUCAGCAGAUUGAUGGAUACUUCCUGGAUUGGACUGAGUGAUCGAGAGAAGGAGGGGACCCACAAGUGGGUGGAUGGUACCCCCAUGACCUCAAGUUGGAGACACGUUAAACCACGCGAUGACGGCGGAGCAAGAGACUGUGUCGUAGCAGGGGAGGACGGCUGGUCUGAAGAGCCGUGUAACAGACUGCACCACUGGAUCUGUGAGAAGGUCCUAGACCUGGAUCAUCUGGAGGCUGAGCGGAACAAAGAGGGUUCAGUGAUGCCCACGGAGGAGGAGGAGGAGGCCCCCAGCAUCACAGAGUUCCACUCCUCUACCCACGUGUUGCCCGUGGGCCAAACGGCCCGCUACACCUGCCACGCCGGCGGCACGCCGGAGCCCACAGUAGAGUGGCUCCACAACGGCAGGCCCCUGGAGAGGGACGGCACAGACGACCAAUCAGAGGCCUGGGUGGAGAGGGGCUUCCUCUUCGUCAGAGGUGGGAGGUACGGCGUGAACACGGUCUGCUGCAUGGCGAGCAACAGCGCUGGCACGGCCAAUCACAGCGCUGAGCUGCUUGUCUUUGAUGCCUGUGACCUCACACUGGACCCCAACACGGCCCACAGAGACCUCUCUCUGUCUGAGGACAACAGGAAGGUGACGCUGGUUGAAGAGGACCAGUCGUAUCCGGAUCACCCUGACAGAUUUAACUACUGGCCCCAGGUGUUGGGUAGAGAGGCUCUGACUGGCCGCUGUUACUGGGAGGUAGAGAGGGAAGGACCUGUUGUUAUAGGAGUGACAUACAGAGGAAUCACAAGGAGAGGAGGGGGUGGUGACAGCUGGCUUGGAGGGAACAACAAGUCCUGGGUUCUUUAUUGUCAUGAUGGUGGUUACUCUGCCCGGUACAACGGUAGAGAGACAGCCCUCCCUCUCCCCGCCGCUGGCUCCACCAGAGUAGGAGUGUAUCUGGACCGGCCUGCUGGCUCUCUGUCCUUCUACAGAGUGUCCCCAGGUGGAGGAGGGUCCUCAGACACACUGACACACAUCCACACCUUCUGGUCCUCCUUCACCCAGGAGGACCUCCUCCCGGGGCUCUGGGUCUGGCGGUCCCCCCCAGGGGGGUCCCUAGUGCGGUCCUCAGCCUCUCUGUGUCGGUUGUAGAAAGAGAGCGGGGGGAGCAGGAGCCUCCCGGGGUUCUGGGGGGCGUCUCGGUGGUCCCUCAGU